CAUUUAGCAAGCACAGCUGAGCUCAAUGUCGGGGAUGCUUAUCUUUCUUUGCACACUUCUUAUCCGUUACUGUUACGCAAAGGUUGAAAACACUGUUUGUCGAACGAUGGAGAACCCUAAAUAUCCACUGCUAUUCAAGGAAGGAGACAUAACUAUUGGAGGACUGUUUGCAGUCCGAAGUAUAGAAACAUUACCUUCAUUUGAGUUUAGACAAAGACCUCAGCCUCUGUCAUGCUCCAGUGUGAAUCUAAGAGAUUUUCGGAUGGCUCAAACUAUGACUUUUACUAUUGAAGAGAUCAACAGAAGUGAAAAUCUUCUCCCAAAUGUAUCUAUUGGCUACAGAAUCUAUGAUACCUGUGGUUCAAGACUGUCUUCUAUGAGUGCAACUAUGUCAGUGAUGAAUGGACAAGAAUUUGCCGCAGAGAACAAAUGCAAUGGACAGACUCCUAUACAUGCUAUUAUCGGAGAAACAGAGUCUUCUGCCACAGUGAUUCUGUCCAGAACUACAGGACCUUUUAAAAUCCCAGUGAUAAGUCACUCAGCAACAUGUGAGUGUCUAAGUAAUAGGAAAGAUUUCCCAUCUUUCUUCAGAACUAUUUCUAGUGAUUAUCACCAGAGUAGAGCACUUGCAUACAUAGUCAAACACUUCGGCUGGUCUUGGGUUGGAGCUGUGAACAGUGACAAUGACUAUGGAAACAAUGGAAUGGCCAUAUUUCUGAAUACAGCACAAGAAGAGGGCAUUUGUAUAGAGUACUCUGUGAAAUUUUACCGAACAGAGCAUGAAAAACUUAAAAAAGUGGUAAAUGUAAUAAAACAGAGCACAACCAAAGUGAUUGUUGCAUUUCUUUCACGUGUUGAGAUGGUAAAUCUACUCGAGCAGUUAAGUAUUCAGAAUAUAACAGGACUCCAAAUGAUUGGUGUGGAGGCAUGGAUAACAGCAAAAAGUUUAAUCACCCCAAACAGUUUUCAUAUACUUGGAGGAUCGUUGGGGUUUGCAGUAAGAAAACUUGAUAUUGAGGGAUUUUCUGAUUAUGUUGUUAAAGCAUUCUGGGACACAGCUUUCCCUUGCUCACAUGAAGAUGGGAAUUCAUCCCAAGAUGCAUUAAGUUGCAGCAUAUAUCAGGAUUUACUCGGCCUGAAAAAAAUCAAUGAAGAUGUGCCUGAACAAAGAUAUGCAAGUAAUGUCUACAAAGCAGUGUAUGCUGUGGCUUAUGCGCUACACAGUCUGCUCAAGUGCAAAGAAAAAGAAGGAUGUGAUAAAGAACUGACAAUACAACCACAGCAGGUCCUUGAAUUUCUAAAAAAUGUAAAUUUCACUGACAAUUUUGGAGAUCGUGUGUGGUUUGACAGCUCUGGUGCUGCAGUAGCCCAGUAUGAAGUUGUGAACUGGCAGCAGGACUCUGAUUCAUCAAUUCAGUUUAAAGCAGUGGGUUAUUAUGAUGCAUCACUGCCCCCUGACCAGCGCUUUGUGCUUAACACUGAAAACAUCAUCUGGGCAGGAGAACAGCUGCAGAAGCCAAAGUCUGUGUGCAGUGAGAGUUGUCCUCCAGGCACUAGGAAGGCUGGACAGAAAGGAAGACCUGUCUGCUGUUAUGACUGUAUUCCAUGUGCAGAUGGAGAAAUCAGUAAUGAGACAGAUUCAAAUAACUGCAUGCAGUGUCCAGGGGAAUACUGGUCUAAUACUGAGAAAAAUAAAUGUGUGUUAAAGACUGUAGAAUUUCUGUCAUUCACUGAAGUUAUGGGUAUAGUGUUGGUCUUUUUCUCACUGUUUGGAGUAGGAAUAUCUGUACUGGUCACAGUUCUGUUUUACAGUAAGAAGGACACCCCCAUAGUGAAAGCCAACAACUCAGAGCUGAGCUUCCUGCUGCUCUUCUCAUUGACUCUGUGUUUUCUCUGUUCACUUACUUUCAUUGGUCGCCCCACUGAGUGGUCUUGUAUGUUACGUCACACAGCGUUUGGGAUCACUUUUGUCCUCUGUAUCUCCUGUGUUCUAGGGAAAACAAUAGUUGUGUUAAUGGCCUUCAAGGCCAAACUUCCAGGAAGUAAUGUCAUGAAAUGGUUUGGACCUGUACAACAGAGACUCAGUGUUCUUGCCUUUACACUUAUACAGAUUCUUAUCUGUGUGCUUUGGCUAACAAUAUCUCCACCUUUUCCCUAUAAAAAUAUGAAAUAUUACAAAGAGAAGAUCAUUCUUGAGUGUAGUCUGGGUUCUACUGUUGGUUUUUCUGCUGUGUUGUGUUAUAUUGGUCUACUGGCUCUCUUAUGCUUCAUUCUCGCUUUUCUGGCUCGGACACUGCCUGAUAACUUCAAUGAAGCUAAAUUCAUCACAUUCAGUAUGCUCAUAUUCUGUGCUGUUUGGAUCACAUUUAUUCCAGCUUAUGUUAGUUCUCCUGGGAAAUUUACUGUAGCUGUGGAGAUAUUUGCCAUUUUAGCCUCAAGCUUUGGUUUAUUAUUCUGUAUAUUUGCACCUAAAUGUUACAUCAUCCUGUUUAAACCUGAACAAAAUACGAAACAACAUUUGAUGGGAAAAACACAAACUAAAUCCUACUGA